AUGCCGCUGCUGCCUCCGGGCAUCUCCGUCCGCAGCGUAUGGGAAGACAAUCUUGAACUCGAAUUGCGCUUCCUCUACACAGCUUCGUUCAUAACGCCCGCUACGCCGCGCCCAUCCAGAUUGGCCUCGCCAUCUACAACGACUUCGGGCACAUCGUCGCCUGGGAGUUCAACCUCCGGCUUCCACCCGGCGACGGCGGACCCGCACGCGGCCAACUCCGUCGGGUACCUCGAAGCUCGCGGCCUGAGCUUCGACGAGCACCAGGCGCACGGCAUCCUCACGGCAUCGAGGCUCGCCACGGGACUCAAUGGCUGCGGCCUGUUCCGCCGGCCACAGAUAUCCUGGAUCACCUAUGCCGGCGUAUACCUCAUCGGGUAUCUCAUGAAGAUUCUGUCUAUGGGUAACCCGCUCCCCGACAGUCUAGGUGGGUUCCUCGACAUGGUGAGGCAGUUCCUCGGUCAAGACGUCUACGACGUGGCCCGGAUCGCCGUGGACUGCGCGUUGCCGCCAGGACUGGAGCAUGUGGCGAGCAGCCUCUGCUUGGUUCCGGCGGCCCUGAGCCCUCGGCUCGCCGGCGCGGGCAGCCUACUCGCGCUGCUAGCGUUUAUGAGACUCAAGUAUGAAAUGCUCUACGGCGAUGUCAGCAGAUUUAGAGGUCUCAUCCAUGGAAUACAGGUUAUUUGA